GGUGUGUGGGUGUCUACGGGCAGGAGGUCAUAUGAGUCCAGGAAAAAGGAUGAAACGCCGUCGGGGUAUCGAUGGGCGGUGGCGGCGGCACCUCUGACCCCAUUCCGUCUCUUCUUUUCCCUGUCUUCGUUCCAUGUUGUUCCAUAUCUGCGCAUGCACGCGCCGCCCACCUACAGCAAGUACGUCCAGUUCACCCACACCCACCGACCCACACCCGUUCCCGUGGACGACUCGAGUCGAUGGUUAGGUGCGUAAAUGGGAAAUGCCGCCAACAACGCCUUGCCAGCACGUUUGCAGUAGUCUGUACUAUAUUCAUCGCGGCCAGCGAGAGUGGAAGAGUCUAUUGUACACGGACGAUCGAUGGGUGGAGACGGAGGAGGGUCCACGCCGACAACACAUUCUUCGAUAAUUAUCGUUAUCCACUACGACUUGAUUAAUACACUGCCAAUUGUAUUAUUCGUGGCGGCUCUCCGAAAUCAUCUUCUUCUCGACUACUAAUGAAGCACGACAAUUGAAAAAAAUCAAAGGCGAUCACCAGGUAUCCGUCCUCCAGAGCAUAAAACGACCAUCCCAUAUCAUCACAAAUCAUCGCACCCGAGAACCUUCGGAUCUUCUCGCUGUUGAACUGUGUCUCCUCCGAUCUAUCUCAUUAUUUUCGCUCUCAAGGAU